GGGAGGGGGCACUCGGCGCCGCGCAGGAGGAGGAGGAGGAGGAGGAGGAGGAGGACGACUAAGAUGGCCACCAGCUGCCGCGGGGAGCGGCCCCGCUCCCUCCGCCCCGCCUGGCGCGGCCCCCUCGGCCCGGCCCGGCCUUGAUGGGGCCGGAACGACCCCAGCGCCCGGACGCUGCAGCGGCGGCGGCACCUCCCGCCGGAGCCCGCCCGGGGCCGCAGCGGGGGAGCCGCCCUCUCGGCCCGGCCCGCACCGCCCGGCCGCCGCCACCCCGGCGCGUAACCCCUUUCCCCCGCUGAGCCGUGCCCGCGGGAAGGAGCGGAGGAUUGAGGACGAGAGAAGAGGCCGCCCGCUGCAAUACUCCCACCCCCCCCUCUUCCUUUCCCCCGCCCCGGCGGGCCGGGCCGGGCACCGACGGAGAUCACCCGCCGCCUUCCCGUGAAAGAGCAGCUUUGAUGUUGAAGAGAAACCUUGGAAAGGCAUGGGCCCUGUUUUCUUCAAGCUGUUUGCCCUGAUCCCGGGAAUGCUGUAGAGGAUACAGGGGAGCUUCCAGAAGUCAGUCAAGAUGAAUAUGGUGAAGAGGAUCAUGGGCCGGCCACGGCAGGAGGAGUGUAGCCCCCAGGAUAACGCGCUGGGCUUGAUGCAUUUGCGUCGCCUCUUCACAGAGCUCUGUCAUCCUCCACGGCACAUGACCCAGAAAGAACAAGAAGAAAAACUUUACAUGAUGUUGCCAGUGUUUAACAGGGUGUUUGGAAAUGCUCCUCCAAGUACAAUGACAGAAAAAUUUUCUGACCUUCUGCAGUUUACUACUCAAGUGUCACGAUUGAUGGUGACUGAAAUUCGACGGAGAGCAUCGAAUAAGUCCACAGAGGCUGCAAGUCGUGCCAUAGUCCAGUUUCUGGAGGUCAAUCAAAGUGAAGAAGCAAGUAGAGGUUGGAUGCUGCUCACCACAAUCAAUUUACUAGCUUCAUCAGGACAGAAAACUGUGGACUGCAUGACUACAAUGUCAGUGCCUUCCACACUUGUUAAAUGUCUGUAUCUGUUUUUUGACCUUCCACAUGUGCCUGAGGUAGUUGGAGGAGCACAGAAUGAACUACCUCUCGCAGAGCGCCGAGCACUACUACAGAAAGUCUUUGUACAGAUCCUAGUAAAAUUAUGCAGUUUUGUGUCCCCGGCGGAAGAACUGGCUCAGAAGGAUGAUCUCCAGCUACUAUUCAGUGCAAUAACCUCAUGGUGCCCUCCCUAUAACCUGCCUUGGAGGAAGAGUGCAGGGGAAGUACUAAUGACCAUAUCGCGUCAUGGCCUUAGUGUCAACGUAGUGAAAUACAUUCAUGAAAAGGAAUGUUUGUCCACAUGUGUUCAGAACAUGCAGCAGUCUGAUGACCUUUCUCCCCUAGAAAUAGUUGAGAUGUUUGCUGGACUUUCUUGUUUUCUCAAAGACUCCAGUGAUGUAUCCCAAACAUUACUGGAUGAUUUUAGGAUAUGGCAAGGAUACAACUUCCUCUGUGACCUCCUCCUCAGAUUAGAACAAGCAAAAGAGGCUGAAUCUAAGGAUGCUUUGAAGGACUUAGUUAAUUUGAUAACUUCCUUAACAACAUAUGGUGUCAAUGAAUUAAAGCCAGCUGGUGUUACCACCGGAGUACCUUUCCUACUACCUGGAUUUGCAGUCCCACAGCCUGCGGGCAAAGGUCAUAGUGUGAGGAAUAUUCAAGCAUUUUCAGUCCUCCAGAAUGCAUUUUUGAGAGCAAAAACCAACUAUCUAGCACAAAUCAUCCUUGAUGCCAUCACGAAUAUUUAUAUGGCGGACAAUGCCAACUACUUCAUUUUGGAAUCGCAGCACACACUGUCUCAGUUUGCAGAGAAAAUUCCUAAACUUCCAGAAGUGCAGACCAAAUACUUUGAGAUGCUGGAAUUUGUUGUCUUCAGCUUGAAUUACAUACCCUGUAAAGAACUGAUCAGUGUGAGCAUCCUUUUAAAAUCCAGCACUUCUUUUCAGUGUAGCAUCAUUGCCAUGAAGACACUCCUUAAGUUCACCCGUCAUGACUGCAUCUUUAAGGAUGUCUUCAGGGAAGUAGGACUUCUGGAGGUGAUGGUAAAUCUUCUUCAUAAAUAUGCAGCGCUUCUGAAAGAUCCCACUCAGGCACUGAAUGAUCAAGGGGAUUCAAGAAACAGUUCAUUUGAGGACCAAAAGCAGCUGGCCUUAUUGGUUAUGGAGACCUUGACAGUACUACUACAAGGAUCAAACACAAAUGCAGGUAUUUUCAGGGAGUUUGGUGGUGCAAGAUGCGUGCACAACAUAGUAAAGUACCCCCAGUGCCGACAGCAUGCCCUGAUGAUCAUCCAGCAGUUGGUGUUAUCACCUAGUGGAGAAGAUGAUAUGGGCACUUUGCUGGGACUGAUGCACUCGGCUCCACCUACGGAACUGCAACUGAAAACGGACAUCUUAAGGGCCCUACUCUCGGUGCUGAGAGAAAGUCACCGCACAAGAACUGUUUUUAGAAAAGUUGGUGGAUUUGUGUAUGUCACAUCUUUACUGGUUGCUAUGGAAAGAUCUUUGUGCUCGCCACCUAAGAAUGGCUGGGAAAAAGUAAACCAGAAUCAAGUGUUUGAACUGCUUCACACUGUGUUCUGCACAUUGACUGCAGCAAUGCGCUAUGAGCCAGCCAACUCUCAUUUCUUCAAAACAGAGAUCCAGUAUGAAAAACUGGCAGAUGCUGUUCGAUUACUUGGCUGCUUCUCAGACUUGAGAAAAAUAAGUCCCUUGAAUGUCUUCCCUUCAAAUACACAACUAUUUCAAAGGCUUUUGGAGGAUGACCUAAUAUCCCUGGAUUCUGUGUCACCUACGCUAAGACACUGCAGCAAACUUUUUAUUUACCUCUACAAGGUAGCAACAGAUUCUUUUGACAGUCGUGCAGAACAGAUCCCUCCUUGCCUGACAAAUGAGACUUCUCUCCCUUCUCCCUGGGGUACGCCAGCUUUGUCCAGGAAAAGGCAUGCAUAUCAUUCUGUUUCAACACCUCCUGUUUGCCCUCAGAAAAACAUAGCUGAUGUGAAACUCCAAACAGGACCCACAUCUGUACAAAGCUCUGAUGCGGUCAUUAUCCACCCUGGUGCUAUGCUCGCAAUGCUGGAUCUUCUGGCCUCUGUUGGAUCAGCUACACACCCAGAGCAUGCGCUGGAUCUCCAGCUGGCAGUAGCCAAUAUCCUGCAAUCUCUAGUGCACACAGAGAGAAACCAGCAAGUCAUGUGCGAAGCCGGGCUCCAUGCACGACUUCUACAGAGAUGCAGCGCUGCUCUGGCUGACGAGGACCACUCGCUGCAUCCGCCGCUCCAAAGGAUGUUUGAACGGCUGGCCUCCCAGGCGCUGCAGCCGAUGGUGUUGAGGGAAUUUUUACGCUUGGGAAAUCCUUUGAAUUGUGGAGCUUGGGACAAAAAGCUGUUGAAACAGUACCGAGUGCACAAACCCAGCUCACUGAGUUUUGAACCGGAAAUGAGAAAUAGCAUGGUUACCUCAAUGGAAGGUCUGGGUUCUGACAGCGUCUUCAGUUUGCAUGAAGACAGCCACUAUCGGAUAAGCAAGAGCCUGCUCAAGCCAGCAGAAGGGAGCACAGUACCCCUGACGAGAGUGAAGUGUUUGGUCUCCAUGACAACCCCACAUGAUAUCAGGCUUCAUGGAUCAUCAGUUACGCCAGCAUUCAUUGAGUUUGACACAUCUCUUGAAGGGUUCGGCUGCCUGUUCUUGCCAAGUUUGGCUCCCCAUAAUGCACCUACAAAUAAUGCUGUUACAACAGGACUUAUUGAUGGUGCAGUUGUCAGUGGAAUUGGAACUGGUGAAAGAUUUUUCCCACCACCAUCUGGUUUAAGCUACUCAACUUGGUUUUGUAUUGAACAUUUUAGUACGCCUCCUAAUAACCAUCCUGUGAGACUUCUUACUGUGGUGCGGCGUGCAAACUCCUCGGAGCAGCAUUAUGUAUGCCUUGCCAUUGUCCUCUCAGCAAAAGACCGAUCACUGAUUGUUUCAACUAAAGAAGAAUUGCUUCAAAAUUAUGUCGAUGACUUCAGUGAGGAAUCAUCAUUUUAUGAAAUUCUUCCCUGUUGUGCCCGUUUCCGCUGUGGUGACCUCAUUGUGGAAGGCCAGUGGCAUCACCUAGUUCUGGUCAUGAGUAAAGGCAUGCUAAAGAACAGCACAGCUGCACUCUACCUUGAUGGACAGCUUGUUAACACUGUUAAGCUUCACUAUAUUCAUAGUAGUCCUAGUGGGUCUGGUUCUGCCAAUCCACCUGUAGUCAGCACUGUUUAUGCCUAUAUUGGCACACCACCAGCACAGCGCCAGCUCUCCUCUUUAGUGUGGCGUUUGGGCCCUACGCAUUUCCUGGAGGAAGUUUUGCCUGCCCUGGGUAUUAGCACCAUUUAUGAGCUGGGACCAAAUUACGUUGGAAGCUUUCAAGCAGUAUAUGUACCAUGCAAAGAUUCAAAGUCUGAAGGAAUCAACCCAUCUCCAGUAUCUUUGGUACCAGAAGAGAAGGUCUCUUUUGGUCUCUAUGCACUGUCAGUUUCUUCAUUUACAGUGGCAAAAAUAAGGAAAGUUUACAACAAGUUGGAUAGUAAAGCUAUUGCCAAACAGCUGGCGAUUUCUUCUCAUGAAAAUGCCACACCUGUGAAGCUGCUACAUAAUUCAGCAGGACAUUUGAAUGGACCAGCCCGCUCCAUUGGUGCAGCUUUGAUAGGAUAUUUGGGUGUAAGAACAUUUGUCCCCAAGCCUGUUGCCACUACACUGCAGUACAUUGGUGGAGCUGCUGCUAUUUUGGGACUUGUAGCCAUGGCAUCAGAUGUAGAAGGGUUGUAUGCAGCUGUGAAGGCCUUGGUCUGUGUGGUAAAGAGCAAUCCACUAGCCAGCAAAGAAAUGGAAAGAAUCAGAGGUUAUCAGUUGCUGGCAAUGUUGUUAAAGAAGAAACGAUCCCUUCUGAACAGCCACAUACUCCAUCUGACCUUUUCCUUGGUGGGAACUGUCGAUAGCGGGCAUGAGACGUCCAUUAUUCCAAAUUCUGCUGCCUUCCAGGAUUUGCUCUGUGAUUUUGAAGUCUGGCUUCAUGCACCCUAUGAGCUUCAUCUGUCAUUAUUUGAGCACUUCAUCGAACUUCUUACUGAGUCAAGCGAAGCAGCGAAGAAUGCUAAAUUAAUGAGGGAAUUCCAACUUAUCCCAAGACUGCUCUUGACUCUUCGAGAUAUGUCUCUGUCCCAGCCUACUAUUGCUGCGAUUAGUAACGUGCUGAGCUUUUUGCUUCAAGGCUUCCCUAGCAGCUAUGACUUGCUCAGGUUUGGACAGUUCAUCUCUUCCACUUUACCUACGUUUGCAGUUUGUGAGAAGUUUGUGGUCAUGGAAAUAAACAAUGAAGAAAAGCUUGACAGUGGAACAGAGGAUGAUUUUGGAGGACUUGUUUCAGCUAAUCUUAUCCUACUGCGGAACAGGCUUUUAGAUAUUCUUCUGAAACUUCUUUAUACAUCUAAAGAAAAGACAACUGUUAAUUUGCAAGCUUGUGAAGAACUGGUCAAGACACUGGGUUUUGACUGGAUUAUGAUGUUUAUGGAAGAACAUCUGCAUUCCACCACGGUCACAGCAGCCAUGCGAAUUCUUGUGGUCCUGUUGAGUAAUCAGUCCAUCCUUAUCAAAUUUAAGGAGGGUCUCAGUGGCGGAGGCUGGCUGGACCAGACGGAUUCUGUCUUGACCAAUAAGAUUGGUACUGUGCUAGGGUUCAACGUUGGCAGGAGCGCUGGUGGCAGAUCAACGGUCCGGGAGAUUAACCGGGAUGCUUGUCACUUCCCAGGCUUUCCUGUUCUGCAGUCCCUCCUCCCGAAGCACACUAACGUGCCUGCACUCUAUUUUCUCCUCAUGGCCCUUUUCCUGCAGCAGCCAGUCACUGAACUGCCUGAAAACCUGCAGGUCAGUGCACCUGUCGUCAGCAGCCAGUGUAAUCAGGGUUGCCAGUUUGAUUUAGACUCUAUUUGGACAUUCAUAUUUGGAGUUCCUGCCUCCUGUGGCACCGUUACCUCUUCAAUACACAGUGUUUGCACUGAAGCUGCCUUCUUGUUACUGGGGAUGCUGAGGAGCAUGCUGAAUUCGCCUUGGCAGUCAGAGGAAGAAGGCUCUUGGCUUCGAGAAUAUCCAGUCACCUUGAUGCAGUUCUUCCGAUAUUUGUAUCACAAUGUGCCAGACCUAAUUUCCUUGUGGAUGAGUCCAGAGUUCCUGUGUGCGCUGGCAGCGACAGUGUUUCCUUUCAACAUACGACCUUACUCUGAGAUGGUCACUGAUCUUGAUGAUGAAGUUGGGUCCCCAGCUGAAGAGUUUAAAGCUUUUGCAGCCGAUUCUGGCAUGAACAGGAGCCAGUCAGAGUACUGCAAUGUUGGCACCAAAACAUACCUAACCAACCAUCCAGCCAAGAAGUUUGUGUUUGAUUUCAUGCGUGUGCUGAUAAUUGAUAACUUAUGUCUCACACCAGCCAGCAAACAGACUCCACUGGUAGAUCUUCUGCUAGAGGCUUCCCCUGAAAGAUCAACACGAACACAGCAGAAAGAGUUUCAGACGUAUGUUUUGGAUGGAGUGAUGGACCACUUACUUGCAGCUGACGUUUUAUUGGGUGAAGAUGCAUCUCUGCCUAUAACGAGUGGAGGAAGCUACCAAGUGCUGGUGAACAAUGUGUUUUAUUUUACGCAGCGUGUGGUAGAUAAGCUUUGGCAGGGCAUGUUCAACAAAGAAUCCAAACUUCUUGUGGAAUUCAUAAUCCAGCUCAUUGCACAGUCAAAACGAAGAUCUCAGGGACUAUCACUGGAUGCUAUUUAUCACUGCCUGAACAGGACCAUCUUGUAUCAGUUCUCAAGGGCGCACAAAACUGUUCCUCAGCAGGUGGCUCUCCUUGAGUCCCUAAGGGUCCUUACUGUGAACAGAAACUUAAUUUUGGGACCUGGAAAUCAUGAUCAAGAGUUCAUCAGCUGCCUAGCUCACUGCUUGAUUAACCUGCAUGUGGGAAGCAAUGUUGAUGGGUUUGGACUGGAAGCAGAAGCCAGGAUGACAACUUGGCACAUUAUGAUCCCCUCUGAUAUAGAACCAGAUGGAGUCUACAACAAUCAAGAUGUCAGCGAAGGUCGCCAGCUUCUUUUAAAAGCCAUAAACAGAGUGUGGACAGAGCUGAUCCAUAGUAAAAAACAGGUUUUAGAAGAAGUUUUCAAAGUGACACUACCUGUCAAUGAUCGUGGCCAAGUAGAUAUAGCUGUUGCAAGACCUUUUAUUGAGGAAGCAAGUUUAAAGUGUUGGCAAAAUCAUCUGGCUCAUGAGAAGAAAUGCAUCAGUAGAGGAGAGGCUUUGCUUCCAACCACACAGUCCAAACUUUCACGAGUUAGCAGUGGGUUUGGCCUCUCUAAACUAACUGGUUCCAGGAGAAACCGUAAGGAGAGUGGGCUCAAUAAACACAAUCUCUCCACACAGGAAAUUUCCCAGUGGAUGUUUACUCACAUUGCAGUGGUUCGGGACCUGGUUGAUAUGCAGUAUAAGGAAUAUCAGGAGCGUCAGCAGAAUGCAUUAAAAUAUGUGACAGAAGAGUGGUCUCAAAUUGAAUACGAGUUACUACGAGAGCGAGGUCUGUGGGGUCCCCCCAUUGGCUCCCAUCUUGACAAGUGGAUGUUGGAGAUGACUGAGGGUCCCUGCAGAAUGAGGAAAAAGAUGGUGCGAAAUGACAUGUUUUAUAUCCAGUAUCCCUACAUGCCUGAAGCUGAGCAAGAAACAAACUUGUUGUCUGACAUCUCAAGUAGACUUCCUGAGACAUCUGAUGAUACGAUUCCUCAAAAGAAACCUGCUCGUUACCGAAGAGCUAUAAGUUAUGACAGUAAGGAGUACUACAUGCGCCUGGCUUCUGGAAACCCUGCAGUCUUUCAGGAUGCUAUAGAAGAGAAUACGGUGGGUGAAACAACUCAGCAGGAGCCAGAACACGGGGAGGACACUAUUGCAAGAGUCAAAGGCCUGGUGAAGCCUCCGCUGAAACGAUCUCGCUCUGCUCCUGAUGGAGGAGAUGAUGAGAACCAGGACCAGUCACAGGAUCAAAUUGUUGAGGGCAGCUCAAUUGAUGAAGAUGAGAAGACUGACAAUACAACUUUGCUUCGACUUCUUGAAGAAGGAGAGAAGAUUCAGCAUAUGUACCGCUGUGCUCGGGUUCAGGGCCUCGACACCAGCGAAGGGCUGCUUCUCUUUGGGAAAGAGCACUUCUAUGUCAUUGACGGAUUUACCAUGACAGCCACCAGAGAAAUCCGGGAUAUUGAGACACUGCCUCCGAAGAUGCAUGAGCCAAUCAUACCUAGGGGAGCAAGGCAAGGUCCAAGUCAACUCAAAAGAACAUGUAGCAUUUUUGCAUAUGAAGAUAUCAAGGAAGUACAUAAAAGGAGAUACCUUUUGCAGCCAAUUGCAAUUGAAGUUUUCUCAGGAGACGGACGGAACUAUCUUCUAGCUUUCCAAAAAGGGGUUAGAAACAAAGUUUAUCAAAGGUUUUUGGCGGUGGUGCCAUCUCUGACUGACAGUUCGGAGUCAGUGUCUGGACAGAGACCAAACACCAGUGUAGAGCAGGGGUCUGGCUUGCUUAGCACUUUAGUGGGAGAAAAAUCUGUUACUCAAAGGUGGGAAAGAGGAGAAAUCAGUAACUUCCAGUACCUGAUGCACUUAAACACUCUGGCGGGCAGAUCCUAUAAUGACCUCAUGCAGUACCCUGUCUUUCCCUGGAUCCUCGCAGACUAUGAUUCAGAGGAAUUGGAUCUUACAAAUCCCAAGACAUUCAGAAACCUAGCCAAGCCCAUGGGAGCUCAAACAGAAGACAGGUUAGCUCAGUACAAGAAGCGAUACAAAGAUUGGGAAGAUCCCAAUGGGGAAACCCCAGCUUAUCACUAUGGGACCCACUAUUCAUCAGCCAUGAUAGUGGCUUCCUAUCUUGUCCGGAUGGAGCCUUUUACUCAGAUUUUCUUAAGGUUACAGGGCGGCCACUUUGACCUGGCUGACCGAAUGUUUCACAGCGUACGGGAGGCUUGGUAUUCAGCCUCAAAGCACAACAUGGCAGACGUGAAGGAGCUCAUCCCAGAGUUCUUCUACCUCCCCGAGUUCCUGCUCAAUUCCAACAAUUUUGACCUAGGUUGCAAACAAAAUGGCACUAAACUCGGCGAUGUAAUACUUCCCCCAUGGGCAAAAGGAGAUCCUCGUGAAUUUAUCAGAGUUCAUCGGGAGGCUCUGGAAUGUGACUUUGUGAGUGCACAUCUGCAUGAGUGGAUUGACUUGAUCUUUGGCUAUAAACAGCAAGGUCCUGCUGCAGUAGAAGCUGUAAAUGUCUUUCACCAUCUCUUCUAUGAGGGGCAAGUGGACAUAUAUAACAUCAAUGAUCCAUUAAAAGAGACAGCUACCAUAGGAUUCAUUAAUAACUUUGGACAGAUACCAAAGCAGCUCUUUAAAAAGCCACACCCACCAAAGCGUGUUAGAAGCCGACUGAAUGGAGAGGCUGUGGGAGCCACUGUGCUCCCUGGUUCCACGAGUGACAAGAUUUUUUUCCAUCAUUUGGACAACCUGCGGCCAUCUCUUGCCCCAGUAAAAGAGCUCAAGGAGCCUGUGGGACAGAUCGUGUGUACUGAUAAAGGCAUUCUGGCAGUCGAACAGAAUAAGGUUCUCAUCCCACCUACGUGGAAUAAAACUUUUGCUUGGGGCUAUGCAGACCUCAGCUGUAGACUGGGUACCUACGAGUCGGACAAGGCAGUAAUUGUUUAUGAAUGUUUGUCAGAAUGGGGUCAGAUACUGUGUGCCAUCUGCCCCAACCCCAAACUAGUUAUCACUGGAGGAACAAGCACAGCAGUGUGUGUGUGGGAAAUGGGCAUCUCCAAAGAAAAAGCUAAAGCCCUCACACUGAAACAGGCAUUACUGGGUCAUACUGACACUGUCACGUGCUUAACAGCAUCGCUAGCUUAUCACAUAAUUGUGAGCGGGUCACGGGAUCGCACCUGCAUCAUCUGGGAUUUGAAUAAACUCUCUUUUCUAACACAGCUUCGAGGUCACAGGGCUCCAGUUUCAGCACUCUGUAUAAAUGAAUUAACGGGGGAUAUUGUAUCAUGUGCUGGCACUUACAUCCAUGUAUGGAGCAUUAAUGGUAGCCCUACUGCAAGCGUCAACACUUUCACUGGCCGAAGCCAGCAAAUAAUGUGUUGCUUUGUGUCAGAGAUGAAUGAGUGGGACACCCAGAACGUCAUAGUAACGGGGCAUUCGGACGGAGUUGUCCGGUUCUGGCGGAUGGAGUUUUUGCAAGUACCAGAAACACCAGCUCCAGAACCUGUGGAGAUGCUGGAAAUGCAAGAGGAUUGUCAGGAAGCACAAAUAGGGCAGGAAGCCCACGAAGAAGACAGCAGUGACUCCGAGGCAGAUGAUCCAUGUAUAAGCCAGGACAUGAAACUGCAGGAGAGCCAGAGUCAACCAAGCAGCACCAGCCACAGGCCUAGGUCAUCAUCAAACAGAGCAGCAGCAGCAUGGUCAGCAGACAGCGGCUCUGAUGACUCCAGGCGUUGGUCAGACCAGCUCAGCUUGGAUGAGAAAGACGGCUUUAUCUUUGUGAAUUAUUCUGAGGGACAAGCAAAAAUGCAUCCCCAUGCUCAGGUUAACCACCCACACCCCAGCUAUGCUGAAGCACGGCACUACAGCAAGCUUAAACCAGGAUACAGAUGGGAGCGUCAGUUGGUGUUUAGAAGCAAACUAACUAUGCACACGGCAUUUGACCGCAAAGACAACGCACAUCCAGCAGAAAUCACUGCACUUGGCAUCUCUAAGGAUCACAGCAGAAUUCUUAUUGGGGACGGUCGAGGCAGAGUGUUCAGCUGGUCUGUAAGCGAUCAGCCUGGCCGAUCUGCAGCUGAUCACUGGGUGAAGGACGAGGGGGGAGACAGCUGUUCGGGCUGCGCUGUCCGUUUUUCACUCACGGAGAGGCGUCACCAUUGCAGGAACUGCGGACAGCUCUUCUGCCAGAAGUGCAGUCGGUUUCAGUCUGAAAUCAAGCGUCUGAAGAUUUCAUCCCCAGUCAGAGUCUGCCAGAACUGCUUCUACAACCUGCAGCAUGAGCGGGGUUCAGAGGAGGGGCCCAGAAAUUGAUGGGGCCCUGGCAAACGGAGACCCCGUCCGGCCCCGCCGUCGCUCCGAGAACUAGCGAGAGUAUCGUGCAGUGAGCAGAAGGGAUUAGAAUAUUGUCUGUUUACACUUAAGUUUAUACUGAGUUUUAAGCACUAAAAGUAAAAAGGGAUCAUUGAAUUGAUUUGUGUUGACAGAAGGUAAAUGAGACUAACAGUAUAAUUAAGUGAAGAGCAAGACCCAGGAAGACGUGAUUAAUAACCAGGAAUCCAAUAGAACUGUCAACCCCUAAACCUAUGUUGAUAUGGCUGUUGAGAAAAUCCUCACUUAUCCUAAACACCCGUUCUUGUCUUGUUUUUGUAGAGCUAGUCAUCUUUAUUGGGGGGAGGGAGAGGGGAAGGCUUUUUAGAAGAUAGUUGUAAAUCUGCCUUCUUCGCAAGCAACUGUGUAUAUUGUAAAUAGGUAUAAUGGCCUUUUUAUCUAAAUAUGAACUUAACUGCUUGUUACAUGGGACUUCAGAUUAACCACUAUACUUUGUGUGGCAUCUUUAUCUCAUCUAUCGAUUUAAAUACGAAUGUUUAAAAAAAUCAAAAACCAGAAAACUCAAAGGCAUUAUGCGUAUUUCUGUUAAAAAUCCAGUCUGUGCAUGUUUGUUCUUUCAGUUGCCCACAGUAUCUUAAUUUAAGUAAGGCUAUUCAUAGAAUUACAUGGAUUUUUUCAAAAGAAAACAUUUUUGAGAAUAGGACUUGGAGUAUUUUAUUCUAGCUGUAAGAUAACCAGGAACUAAAUUGUACACUUGUGUUGCAUUUUAUACCAAACUAUUUACCACCUCAGUGUUGUUCAUAUUUAAUAAGGCCUCUUUUAUACAUAUGUCAGAGCUGCAGUUUUGUUAUUUACCUAAUCUUCAUUAGCAGCUGAUUCAUGCAGUGCAAGAACCAGCUUUUACCUUCUUUAGUCAAUAGCAAUUGGCUUACAUAUAGGUACAGAAUGAAUUCCUCGUGCAUAAACUUUAACCGCUGUUGUCCUGUAGCCUGUUUGCAAAAAAAAAAAAAAAAAAAAAAUUUGGAACAACAGGCAUUGCUCUGAAACAGGGUGGUACUAGUCAUGUCAGAAAUGCUUAGAAGCUGUCUUCGUGUUUCAGCACGUGGCGUCAACUCGAGGAUGGCACUAGAUUUCCAUUGAGGUUUUUAAGUUCCAAUAUGAAUUUAAUUGCAGUAUUUUUUUACUACUCUGUCAUUUGUUUUGCACUACAUGUGGGAUGAAGUAGAGACACUGACAUCCACUGGGAUUGGCAUACGUGCAUCGGAUAGGCCCGCGGACUUAAUUUCUGAAUGAGGUCUUGCCAGUGGGUUUGUGGUUGGGUGGGGGCGGGGAGGGGAAUCUAGGGGGGAAGGGGGCAGGCUGGUGUUUGGUUCGGUUUGGUUUUUUAACGUCUGUGUAUAUAUUUUGUAAAUGGGUGACAGACUGAUCUAGAUCUAGGUAUAUUCACAAUGGAUUCUUUUAAAUAGAGGUAAGGAUAUGACCCAAGCCAACAGAAGACGGGUGGCCCUGCUUUUGCUCUGCCUCUACUUCAGCGAGUGUCUUCUCUCACAACAAUGAGAUGAGGCCUCACUUGGGAUGGAUUGGCUCCUCUGGCCCUGGGGCAGCAAGUGGUUAAAACCAGCACUGUCGUUGGAAUUGCACCAUCGAAAAUGCCAGGCCCUCCGUGGUGGUGUGAGCUCCUUCCAGAAGGUCCCUGGCACUGCGGGGGCAUGCCUGUCUUCUCUUGAUUUGAGUUUCUAGCAGUGAAUAACUUGUUAAUCCUGACCACUUACUAUUUACCCUGGUAUCACACGCUUAUGCACUGAAGGUUAAAUAUGUAUUUUAAUACAUGUUUGUUUAUUAUGUAUGUGCCGGUCUGUAAAAUGAGAUAUAUUCCUGUUUUGGUAUGUAUACUAGGUCCCCAAAUGAACAGAAAGGCUUCUCUAGAGCCCUUGCACACUGUUGAGUAAAUGCAGGUUUGCUGAGAUUAGCUGACCCAAAGAGAUCCCUUUGGGUCCAAAGAGUGGUGAUCGAGUAGCCACGCUGCGUGGCUACCCUGUGACAGGUUUGUCCCUAAAAACAAGAAGAGGUCCUUGGUAAGCAUGUGCGGAGCACCGGAAUUUCUGUGUUCAGCUCUUCUCUCUAACGUUGCCUUCACCCUUCCCAAAAUGAUGCGAAACCAGCAUAGUUCAGAAGACAGGCUAGUGGCCUUAACAUUUUCACUUUGAAGAAGAGGCUCUUUUGACAACUUUCAAAUGCCUCUGAGUCCACAGAGUUUUCUUCCCCUUGCCUCCAAAUUUCAAAUCAAAACCAAAUUUAAGGAAGUCGUCUUUCCUAGGGACCGGAACCUGUACAGCCACAUAAUUAAACCCUAAUAGGAACAAUGUUUAUGACAGUAACACUGAUGCAAUCUAAACGCUGAAGCAAACAGUUGGCAUGUAGUACCCGUGCAGGCUCGUGGAGGCAGUGGGCCGUCAGCGAAGAGGUGGUUGGCUGUGGUCAGCUACGUAAGCGCGAUGUACAGGUGGCGUUCUGCGCCUUUGAUGUUUGGCAGCAUACUAAAAAAUCAAGGUCAUUAUUCUUUACAAAUUCCGUAGUGUAGAGGUUAGUCCCGAUUUACGUUUCGCAAACAAAUCACCACAGCCUUCUGACUUCAUUCUUCAGUUGCGCUGCUCCAAAACCCACGUUCUUGCUCGCAGGAGGUGGAGGGGGAAAAAACACACCUGCUCAUAUUUCCUCUGGCAGCUGGUGCUGUGGGCAACUGUUUGGUUCACUUGGGAGUGGGUUGGUUUUUUUCUCCGUUUCUUUCAAGCUUCUAAUGCAAAUACUUGCUUUGUUUUCCAUGUAAAAAUCUGUUGAGCAAAAAUAUACUCAUGUACACUAACAUUAGUAGACUGUAUUCUCUGCAAGUACCUCACAUGUCUUCUCCUGCCUUGUUCUUUGUAGUAUACUUAUUCAUGUAUUCUUAACAUUCGUAUGUAGUGUGCAACUGUAAUGUCAUGCUUAUGAGAGGGGGUUGGCUGCCUCCGGCCAACAUUCAUCAGUUCAAUAGCAAAACACUUUAGAUAAGUUAUUUUGCACUUUCUUAUGUAUAAAAUUGGUAGAAACUUAUAUUUGCUUUGUAUCAUUUAAAGACUCCUUUUGUUUCAGUAAAUGAACUGUGUAUAAAAUACUUAUGCAGUUAAAACUGUUUUUAGAAAGUAUUUUUAAUUUCAGCAAGUUUGGUUACUUGUUGCAUGACUAUUAACACAGCUGACUUUUUGUGUCAGUGCAAUGUAUAUUUUUUUUGUCCUGUUAUUAACUUGUAAGCCCUAGUUAAAUGGCCAUUUAUUUGUACAGCAUCAGGAGUAAAUUGAAGAUAACUGGCUAAGACUGGAGUGUGGAAUUUUGUACUAUAUUGCAGAAUCCGAUAUCUGUUUUUUGGUGGUUACGUAAAAGGCCUGACGAUUUACUAUCUAGUGUGCAAUCUGUGAUAUCUGAAUGUUCAUUGUAUAUUUGUCUCCAAUGCAAAAAGGUAGAGUAACACAAUUACAACAAUACAUGAUUAAAUGCAAUAGUUCAGGUAAUGAAGUAUUUUUUUCAUUUCAAAUAAAUACCUGCUAUUUACCACCAAAAA